AUGGGCUCCUCGUCCGCCCUCCGCCUCGCCAUCCUCGAAUGCGACACGCCGCAGCCCCAAACGCGCGCCCAGUUCGGCGGCUACGCGGGCGUCUUCACGGCCCUCCUAUCGAGCGCGGCCAAGACGCUGAGCCCGCCGCAGGACCUCUCCAAAAUGGUCACCAUCACCGCCCACGACGUCGUCAACGACCUAUACUGCUACCCGGCCCUCGAAGACGUCGACGCCCUCCUGCUCACGGGCUCACGCCACACCGCCUUCGACAACGACCCGUGGAUCCUGAAACUCGUCGACUUCACCAAGAGAGCCCUUGAAACCGGCCGCAUUCGCGUCGUCGGCAUAUGCUUCGGCCACCAAAUCGUCGGCCGCGCUGUCGGCGCCGGCGUCGGCAAGAGCGACAAGGGGUGGGAAGUCGCCGUCACAGAGGUCGACUUGACGGACAAGGGCAAGGAGAUGUUUGGUCUCGACAAGAUGCGCAUCCACCAAAUGCACCGCGACAUUGUCCAAAACUUCCCCCCCGACGCCAUACCCCUCGGCGGCAACGCCUUCUGCCCCGUGCAGGCAAUGUAUCUCCCGGGGAAAUACAUUACUGUCCAGGGCCACCCCGAGUUCACAAAUGAAAUCAUCUCCGAGAUACUGUUUAACCGACACACUGUGGGCAUCUUCACCGACGAAGUGUACGAGGAUGCGAUAAAGAGGGCGCCCGUCCCGCACGACGGUGUUGCCAUUGGGAGAGCAUUUUUAAAGUUUCUCCGCGAGGGCUGA